UUGAAAGGGCUUACACAUAACUUCAGUUACAAUAUGACCGCUCCAGUGAUUACUUCACUUCUCCUUUUAGGCUUGUUCUGGGUGUCCAGUGCCCGGCACUGGAAACAUUUAGUCCAGGACGGAGAAAUGUUAUCCAGUAAACAUCUAAUCAAGAGAAGCCCCGGGGGUGGUCUAGUUGAUUUAGAGAGGCAUGAAAGUGUGAAAAAGGGAAAACAGAAAAGGAGAGAAACUAAAAUCAAGCCUAAUGAGGAGUGCGGUGUACAGCAUGUACAAUUUACUCCCCCUGAACAUAGUAGAAUGCCGCGUAUUCGAAAUGGUACUUGUGCCCCCUAUGGAUCUUUACCGUGGACAGCGCAAAUACAGAUUAUAAACGACGGUGACUAUAUGCAUCAUUGCGGAGGAACUAUCAUUUCUGAAAACUAUAUUCUAACAGCUAGUCAUUGCUUUGGGAGCUCAUCAGACUAUGGAAUAAUGAAGGUGGUGGUUGGGCAGGACGGGAUGGGGGUUCAGGAGAACAAGGAGAUGGGGUUCCAGAUAGAGAAGGUCUUCAGACACAAGAAUUAUCAGAGUGAAGGACCAUACAGCCAUGACAUUGCAUUGAUUAAACUAAAAAGUAAAGGAGAUGGUAGAGGGAUAAGAUUUUCCCCGGAAGUCCAGCAAAUAUGUUUACCGAAUCCAGAGGAUAAGAUUAAAGACGACCUCCAGUGUGUAAUCAGUGGCUGGGGAAAAACUGAUCCAUCCGGUCCUGUUCGUCCUGACUGUUUACGAGCUGCAACAAUACCAAUCAUAAACCAGGACAAAUGCGAAAAAAUGUAUACAUAUUUUAGCCAAGGAGUUCUUAAAAAUAUGGUGUGUGCUGGGUAUACUGAAGGAGGAGUGGAUGCCUGUAAAGGGGACAGUGGGGGCCCUCUCUCAUGUUUAAUAGAUGGUUCCUAUAAACUGGUUGGUAUUGUUAGUUGGGGGCAUGGAUGUGGACAGGCAAAUAAACCCGGUGUGUUCACACGAGUUCAAUCCUUUCUAGACUGGAUUGAAAACAAGAUGGAGUAGACUGGAUUGAAAACAAGAUGGAGUAAACUGGAUUGAAAACAAGAUGGAGUAAACUGGAUUGAAAACAAGAUGGAGUAGA